UUGUCCAUUAUCCCACCUAAUUCAUGCUUAGUGGCAGGCGCUCCAGUGUUGUUCGACUUCGAAUCAUCAGAGUCAAGCAGGAAAACGCCAAAAAGACCGAGAACUAUAUUGAACGCUACUCAACGGAAGCAAUUCAAGGCUGCAUUUGAAAAAAGUGCCAAGCCCUGCAGAAAGGUUCGCGAGCAGCUUGCCAAAGAAACUGGCCUUAGUGUUCGCGUAGUUCAGGUGUGGUUUCAAAAUCAGCGAGCUAAGAUGAAGAAAAUGCAGAGGAAAGAAGAAAGUAAACGUGGCUCAAGUGCACUCGACUCCGAAGGCAAAAGCAUCGAAGGCGAGAAGAGUUCAGAUGAAGGUGAAGCAAAUCUCAUGGCGUCUCACAAUUGUGACGAUCUUGAGAUGGAACAUUCGGAAAAGCCGUAUCCUGAGAAUCCGAUCGAGAAACUUUACCACAUGCAGAGCACAUAUUUCCAAUUCACGUGAUU